AUGCUGCUGCUGGUUUGGGCACCCAGGGCUUGGCACAGGCUCUUUCUGCUCAAGCCCCGAGCCCUUCUCUGGUCCCGGGGAGAUAAGGUCCUACACGUGGGAUACCGGCGCCUGUCAGGGCACGCCCCUGGAGAGCAGAGAAGGCAGAGCCAGCCCCAGGGCCCUAGGUUUCGGACCAGGCUGCUGAUCACUGCUUUGUUUGGGGCUGGGCUGGGCGGGGCCUGGCUGGCUGCGAGGGCUGAGAAGGAGAGGCGACAGCAGCAGCAGCGGACGGAAGCCCUGCGCCAGGCAGCUGUGGGCCAGGGCGACUUCAGCCUGCUGGACCACCGGGGACAGGCUCGCUGCAAGGCUGACUUCCGGGGUCAGUGGGUACUGCUGUACUUUGGGUUCACUCACUGCCCCGACAUCUGCCCAGACGAGCUCGAGAAGCUGGUGCAUGUGGUUGAACAGCUGGAGGCCGAGCCUGGCCUGCCCCCCGUGCAGCCUGUCUUCAUCACCGUGGACCCUGAACGUGACACUGCCGCAGCCAUGGCCCGCUACGUGCAGGACUUCCACCCGCGGCUGCUGGGCCUGACUGGUUCCGCGGAGCAGGUAGCCCAGGUGACCCGCAGCUACCGCGUGUACUACAGCGCUGGCCCUAAGGACGAGGACCAGGAUUACAUCGUGGACCACUCCAUUGCCAUCUACCUGCUCAGCCCCGAUGGCCUCUUCACAGACUACUAUGGCCGGGCCAAAUCCGCACAGCAGAUCGCGGACAGUGUCCGACGCCACAUGACUGCCUUCCGCAGCGUCCUGCACUAAGCCAGAUCAUUAAAGAGGGUGUGAUGUA